ACGCCGUCGUCCAAUGACAAUCAAGGGGUUUUGAAAAAAACAGCCUUCGCGUUUAUCGCUGGCUUAUUCGCGAGACGUGGUGCCGGCAAUAUUUAAUAGAAAAAUAAGGCUUAUCUCUUCGUGUCCUGUUCGUGACAGAAUAUCGGACUGAACUGGACUUCGGGCUAUAACGGAGAUCGCGCUCGUGCGGAUCUGAGAACGCUGCGGAAAAACAACAAAAUAACACCGCGGGCAGGCUAGUCCACCUCCUAGCUUGUCAUAGACAACAAGCGGAAUUUAGCGGGCAACUCAGUUAGCGGCUAGUUAUGUCUUUUCGCCGACAGAACCAACCUGGACCCGGUGGCCGCAAAACAUCCAAUGGAACUUCAGGGUCAAUGGCUUCAUCCGUUCCGGGGAGUAACUCUAACAGACCCACCCCGGGCAGAAACAGAAACUCUGUGAAGACUCCCUCACAGUCACCACCAGUGUUUGAGGGUGUGUACAACAACUCCCGGAUGCUCCAUUUUCUCACAGCUGUGGUGGGCUCCAGAUGCGAUGUUAUGGUGAAGAAUGGCAGUGUAUAUGAGGGAGUCUUCAAGACGUUAAGCUCGCGUUGUGAGCUGGCAGUGGACGCAGUGCACAAAGUGAAAAAUGAAGAAGGAGAUGGAGGCGGAGGCACACCAGUCCAUCCCAGGAGAGAAGAGAUCACGGACACCAUGAUCUUUGGGCCUAAUGACCUCGUCACUAUGAUCUGCAGAGAUGUGGACCUCAACUAUGCUACCCGAGACACUUUUACAGACUCCGCAAUCGGCUCAAGAAUAAAUGGGGACCACAGAGAGAAGGUGCUUCAAAGGUGGGAUGGUGGCGAUAGUAAUGGAGAAAAUUUUGACUUGGAUGCAGAUGCAUCUAAUGGCUGGGAUGCCAGCGAGAUGUUCCGCUUCAAUGAGGAGACCUAUGGGGUGAAGUCUACCUAUGACGCCAGUCUCUCCAUGUACACGGUUCCUCUGGAGCGGGGCAGCUCUGAGGGCUUCAGACAGAGAGAAGCUCGAGCCGCCCGAUUGGCCAAUGAGAUUGAGGCUAGUACGCAGUAUCGCAGCAGGGUGUCGCUGGAGAAUGAUGAGGGACGAACUGAGGAAGACAAAUACAGUGCUGUGAUUCGGGACAGAGACCGUGAUGGAGGAGAAAGAGGAAGAGAUAGUCCUGGGUUCUCCAGUGCUGGGAGCAGGGAUGGCAAGUACAUUCCUCUACCCCAGCGGGCAAGGGAGAGAGAAAUGGGAGUUUCUGGAAGGGCCGAAAGAGGAGGCGCUGUAUCCACCCUGCCUAAUCGAACAAAUAGACCUGGCCCCUCAAGCUCCUCGCCUAGACCUCUCGCCUCUGGUAGUGGUCAGCCCAUUCCUCCCACUGAUAGGAGCAGCCCUCUGUCUGUCAGAGGAGGAUACUCUACACACCAAUCACAGAGCAGCCUCCCUACGCAGCCCCGCCCCUCAGAGCCGGGUCACUCCAGCCCUCCUUCCCCACACACACUCCCGCAUUCGCUCUCACACCCACAGUCUCUCUCAGACUCGGCCCGGCCUGUCAAUGGAGUGUCAUCCAGAAUGUCACCUAAGUCUCAAAGGCCUGGACAGACCAACAGAAACCUGCGUACCUCAAACUCUCACUCCUCUCCUACAGUCUCUCGUUCCCCUAAAACAGAUGCUCCUUCCCAGGACCCUCCUCUGGCUAAUCCUACCUUCUUGGAUACCUCUUCGGUUACUAUGGUGACCUCCAAACCCACUGGACCGACCCCUCUGUUCCCUGUAGAUGUGAAUGAAAUCCUGUCGAAGGAAAGGAUGGAGAGUCCAGCUAGUCCUCAGGAGGGCAAGAGCAGCAAAGUCCAUUCAGACCAACAGAGAUCACAACUCGAGGAGCUUCGCAAGUUUUCUAAUGAUUUUAUUCUUCCAUCUAGCUCCAACCUUUCCAGCUCCAAAACUGCGACCACGGACUCUGCUCAAGCAAACCCCGCCCACAACACACAAACAGACCCUGCCCCUCCAACAGAAGCUAAAACAGCCCCUCCCACAACUCCGACUGCGGCGCUUCCAGCAGAGGAUAGAAGUAGAAAGACAAAUGCAGAGGGGGCGGCAACCACCACCCCUCCACCAGCCACAUCCAUCUCUGCACCCUCUGCCAUGUCUGGCACUGCCAUGCAAAAUCCAACUGCAGAAGGGCAAACAUCAGGGACGCCCCAACCUGCAAGGACCCCAGGCAGUGAGGAGGGCAAACCGGAGGCCUCUGAGAGAUCAGAGGGCAUGGCUGAUCAAGUGAAGAAAUCUACACUCAACCCCAACGCCAAAGAGUUUAACCCCACCAAGGCUCCUCUCAACAUGGUGAAGCCCUCGGCCACUCCGACCCCGCCACGACCAACUCCGCCCAGCCCCACGGUGGUGUUGCAGCCCCCGCCAGGCCAGGGAGCCAUUUACAACACUCCGUACCUGAGCUAUAUGUCGCCCAUCCAGAUACAGGGCCACUCUGUACAGGCACCUCAAAUGUAUCCGUAUUCCAUGACAACUGUUGGUCAAGGGAAGUACGCAAGAACAAAAGGUUCUGUAGUGACUCGUCCAGACCACAGCUCUUCAGCGCCCCCUAUGAUCCAGGCUGCAGCUUCAGCAGCAGGACCUCCUCUGGUGGCGUCUCCUUACCCUCCCUCAUAUCUGCAGUACAACCAGGUCAUACAGGCAAUGCCCCACUACCCUGGACAGGUACCAGCCUACACGUUUUCAGUAGAACAAAUGUAAAAUUAGUCGGAAUGUGC